AUGUCAAACUGGCGGCCCGGAAAACGAGUUGCGAUCGCCGGAGGAGGGCCUGGCGCGAUUUCAACUGCGCUUGCUUUUCUCAAGCAUGGCUAUGAUGUCCGCGUAUUUGAGAGGCAGCCAGAGUGCCGAGCCAUCGGAGGUGCUGUUCUCUUAUCCACACCAGUCUUAGCGAUCCUGCGCUCCUACGGCAUGAGUCUAGAGAACGUCGGGUCAUACACCGCUACCUAUUUCGCAAACAAAUGGGGCAGAGAGCGUCUGCAGCUGCCAUUCAAUACCGAAGUUGAGAGACGUAUUAGGAUCAAAGGUUGGCAGUACGGAGUAUUGCGAUCGUCAGCCUUCAAAAAGAUGCUUGACCUCGUCCCCGACGGAGUCGUUUCUUGUAACCACGAGGUCACCGGGUAUAAUGAGCAUGAAGAUUGUGUCGAAGUCAAAUUCAAAAACGGCAGCACGGUAACAGCCGACAUUCUCAUCGCUGCCGAUGGAAUUCGGUCCGCUGUCUCCCGACAGGCCUUUGGUGAUCCCAAGCUAUUUCACACGGGAAUCCGUCUGUGGCUGGCAUGGUGUGACCAUAUCCCCGAUAUCCCUCCAAACGUCGGCGUUAUCUCACACGACUGGCAAUAUCAGACCAGCUUCUUUCCCAUGCUUCACGACGGCAAACCUGGAUUUGAGUGGUGGGUGGUUGAGCCUGGCUGGGAAGGACAACCACUGCCUGAGGACCCUAAAGCACACGUCUCAAAGAUUCUGGAAGGCUGGGCGCAGCCAAUGCCGCGUUUGCUUGAAGCUACUGAUUUCGAUACACAGGUGUACCGAUGGGACAUCUACAACAGACCUUCGAUGAAGAAGUGGUCCACCGGACGGAUAGUCGGGGUGGGAGACGCGGUGCACCCGGUGUCGCCUUACGCCGCCUAUGGUAUGGGUAUGGCGAUCGAGGACGGAUACUAUCUAGCCAAAGCGCUGAAUGGCGUCGACUUACGUGAUGUACGUGCUGUCAGCGCAGGCUUCGAGCUCUAUGAGGCGCAGCGCGUUGACUACGUGAACCAUCAUAUGGAAUUUGCACGCUUCUCGAGUUCCAUGUUCCACAGCCUCCCCUGGCCCCUAGCUAAACUACGAGACUUCAUUUUCGACUAUACGCCAGUGUUGAAAAACUUGUUGCGGAAGCAGUAUCUUCAGAAGGCGGAGGAUGAGACGAUGAAUCUUAAGGAACUUCAUGUAUUUUAG